AUGGAAAGCAGCGGCGCAAAUAAUAGUCAUGCUAACGUUUACCACUCCAUGGACCCAAGGAGGAAGGAUAGUAGUUCCGCGCAAGGUGACUCUACAAGUUCAAGCACGCUAGACACCCCUAUCCACUCAAAUGAAAUACCUUCGAAAUUGGAACACAACGACGACAAUGAUCAAAAAGUGGGUGAGAAUGACGAAGGAGCCGAUCCGGAGCUAGCUGUCUCACCUACGUCCCCCUCACGACAUAACAAUAAGAGCAUGUCGCCAAGUUUGCAAGAUCACAAAACAGGUACGUCACAUUUACAAGGAGCUCAAAUACAAGGUAUUAUUGGCAGUGCAAUCACUACAAAGGAAAAAACGUUCCCUAAAAUCGCUGAAGAACACCAGGAAUUCCAAAGGUCUGCCUCGACUCCUGUCGUAACCAGCGGUGCCAAAAAGGGGUCCUCGAAAGGGAACUUGCACUCUUCGACAAACGGGGCCGAAAAGGGGGUCAGCCCUAGUGGUAUGAGAUCGAAUGCAUCAUCACCGAACUUGGUUAAAUCGACAAAGGGUAAAAAUAACCUUCAACCUAGCAAUAAAAACAAAAGUAGUAUCACCCUGAGCAGUAAUACCACCUCAAGUAGUGGUAGUAGAAUGAAGGGCGUAUUCUCUUCGUUUGUAAACAAUAUCAAAAGGAACAGUAAUAAUAGCAAUAGCAGUGGCGGGAGUUACCAGAACGAGACACCGUCCUUGUCUAAGAGGUCGUCUAACACUUCGCUAAAGAUAUCAACCCCAUACAACGCUAAACACAUUCAUCAUGUCGGUGUGGAUAAGAAGACAGGAGAGUAUAUUGGACUGCCAGAGGAGUGGCAAAAACUGCUCACUUCCAGCGGGAUCACUAAAAAGGAACAACAACAAAACAUGGAUACAGUUAUGGAUAUAGUACAGUUCUACCAAGAUGUGACUCAAACCACAAACGAAGAUAAAACAAUCAAAACUUUCAAAGUUCAAGGAACAGACCCAAAGUUCCCCUCCGUUAUUGAAAACACAGAGCAUGAAUCGCCUUAUAGGCCGUCAUCUAAGACAAAAUCCUCUUCAUCUUCCGCAAAGACUCCAGAUACGUUGACUCCGAGGAUAAAUGAGUAUCAACCCUUCAAACGGACGACAUCUCCCAAAGCCCUUUCGCCUGGUAACCAAACAUCAUCUGAUAUACAGAACGAUAAAUUCAUACCAUCAAGACCAGCUCCCAGACCUCCAGGAAGUAAUAAAGAGGUAAAUACACUUGCCAGCCCAACUCUAGUAUCUGCAUCUGUCGGACAGAGGGGGGAGUCUAAUGGCGAGCCCAAUUUGGUGUCGUCAAUGUCUUCGAGGGAGAACUCUACGAAGAAGGAACUCCAACCUUUACCCCCAUUGCCUCAGAGUACAAGCAAACAGAGUUCACCAAGCCUCCCCCCAACUCCACUAUCGAUAACUUCUUCGCCCUCAUUGGACAGCACUUCGAAACAAGGUAAUGCAGCAUUUCCUCCGAUUCCCAAAACAACGCCGAACUCCAAGAGUUUAUCAAGAGUCUCUAAGAAGGCAAGUGAAAAAAAGAGAGAGGAAAGAGAAAGGCACAAGAAAGAAAUAUAUGCCCGGCUUGCGGAAAUCUGCUCGGACGGUGACCCAAGUCAAAAAUACACAAAUUUAGUCAAGAUCGGACAAGGUGCCUCCGGUGGUGUUUACACUGCGUACGAAGUAGGCACUGACGCGUCUGUUGCUAUCAAACAGAUGAAUUUGGAGAAACAGCCCAAGAAGGAGUUAAUCAUUAACGAAAUUAUUGUCAUGAAGGAUAGCAAGCACCCCAAUAUCGUUAAUUUCAUAGACUCAUUCUUGCUGAAGGGUGAUCUUUGGGUUAUCAUGGAAUUUAUGGAGGGUGGCUCACUAACUGACGUGGUUACACAUUGCAUACUCACGGAGGGACAGAUAGGUACCGUUUGUAGAGAAACGCUGAGGGGCUUACAGUUUUUGCAUUCCAACGGUGUGAUCCAUAGAGAUAUUAAAUCUGAUAACAUUCUGCUUUCCAUGAAAGGUGACAUCAAACUUACAGACUUUGGCUUUUGUGCUCAAAUUAAUGAACAUAAUUUAAAAAGGACCACCAUGGUAGGAACACCAUACUGGAUGGCACCCGAAGUUGUAUCCAGGAAGGAAUAUGGGCCCAAAGUCGAUAUUUGGUCGUUGGGUAUAAUGAUUAUCGAAAUGAUAGAGAGUGAGCCUCCGUAUUUGAACGAAACUCCACUAAGAGCGCUUUAUUUGAUUGCAACCAACGGCACUCCAAAACUAAAGGAACCCGAGCUUUUGAGUGAUGUGUUGAAUGACUUCUUGAGUUGGUGUCUAAAAGUCAACCCCGACGAGAGAGCAUCAGCAUCAACUUUGCUAGAAGAUCCCUUUAUUACAGAAUAUUCAGAACCAAACGUAUCUCUUGCUCCAUUGGUCAAGUUGGCCAGGAUGAAGAAACAGGAGAGCGAUAAUGACUCUGAUUCAAAUGAUGAGCAGUGA